GGCAAGGGAAGAGGGAAGGGUUCUGGGAAAGGAGAGAGAAGGAUUCCGGGAAAGAAGAGAAGGGCAGACAGUGAGGUCGGGAGGGACUGUACAUCGGGACGCAGAGUCAUGGAGACAUCUUUCCCUCUCUACCAUCUCGCCCCAGAAUUCAUUCGGUCUCCAAUCGUAUUUAUUGAGCGCUUCCUGUGUGCGGAGCACUGUACUAAGCGCUCGGGAGACAACAGUGAGCUGACAGCCUCGAGAAGGUGACGGAACACGGGUUGGCUGCCCGGGGAGAUGUGUACGUCCCCGGCAAGGAGGAGCAGCCCAGAGAGGGAGAGAGAUGCUCAAAUCUCCCACCUCCGCCUUGGACGUUGUCUCUCGGGGUCCAGUCGCGUUCAGAAAAGUGUAGGCCACGGAUUCGCCCAGCUGACGAAACAGAGGAGCCUCUCCCGUGCUCCUCCAGGAAUCCCCUCACCCCCACAGGCCAUGAAAGGCCCCGGUGGUCGGACGUUGGCACUGGGGUCCUGCCUGCUGCUGGCCCUGUGUUCGGCCGGCGGCGCCCUGGGCCGCAGCCCCCGCGGCGGGCAUCCCCGCCAGGACCCGGACGACUCUCAGGGAGAACUCGCCCUGGAGGAGCUGUUGAUUCACACCGGCGGGGUCGAGGAGAAGGAAGAGGGAUACGAUCCGCAGCUGGAGAAGUUACCGCCGCCUUCCAAGUGCACCCGCUGCUGCGACUCCGGAUACGUGACGUUCCAGCCCCUGCCGCAGCCCCAGAUCAACAUCACCAUCCUCAAAGGCGAGAAGGGGGACAGAGGAGAACGAGGCCUCCAGGGCAAGUUCGGCAAGACCGGGUCGGUGGGCUCUAGGGGCCACGCGGGCCCCAAGGGUCAGAAGGGCACCGUGGGGGCCCCGGGAUCCGGGUGCAAGAACCACUACGCCGCCUUCUCCGUGGGCCGCAGGAAGGCCCUGCACAGCAACGACUACUACCAGACGCUCAUCUUCGACACGGAGUUCGUCAACCUGUACCGCCACUUCAACAUGUUCACGGGCCACUUCUACUGCUCCGUCCCCGGGGUGUACUUCUUCAGCCUCAACGUGCACACCUGGAACCAGAAGGAGACCUACCUGCACGUGAUGAAGAACGAGGCCGAGGCCGUCAUCCUCUACGCCCAGGCCAGCGACCGCAGCAUCAUGCAGAGCCAGAGCCUGAUGCUGGAGCUGCGGGAGGGGGACGAGGUCUGGGUGCGGAUCUACAAGGGGGAGCGGGAGAACGCCGUCUUCAGCGACGAGUUCGACACCUACGUCACCUUCAGCGGCUACCUGGUCAAGCACAGCGCCGAGCCCUGACCUCUCCCCGCUCUCUGCCCCGACCCGCGUCCCUCCCUCGCCCGACGUGGACGGACCAGGCGGGUCGCGGCGGGGAAGAGGUCGGGGGGCGGGACGGGAGGCGGGGGGGGCGGCCCGGGGCUCCGUCUGUCCGUCGCUUAACGGCCCAUAAAUGAUUUAUCGAUAA